AGGAAUUGAUGCGCGUACUCGUGGUGGGUCAUUAUGCUGCUGCACCUGUGUAGUGUGAAGAAUCUGUACCAGAACAGGUUUUUAGGCCUGGCCGCCAUGGCAUCUCCAUCUAGAAACUCCCAGAGCCGACGCCGUUGCAAGGAGCCACUCCGCUACAGCUACAACCCUGAUCAGUUCCACAACAUGGACGUCAGGAACGGCCCUCACGACGGCGUGACCAUUCCCCGCUCCACUAGUGACACGGACCUGGUCACCUCAGACAGCCGCUCCACGCUCAUGGUCAGCAGCUCCUACUACUCCAUAGGGCACUCGCAAGAUCUGGUGAUCCACUGGGACAUAAAGGAGGAAGUGGACGCAGGAGACUGGAUUGGCAUGUACCUCAUCGAUGAGGUCCUGUCUGAAAACUUCCUGGACUAUAAGAACCGUGGAGUCAAUGGUUCACAUCGGGGCCAGAUCGUCUGGAAGAUUGACGCCAGCUCUUACUUUGUGGAACCUGAAACUAAGAUCUGCUUCAAAUACUACCACGGAGUAAGUGGAGCCUUGCGAGCUACCACCCCCAGUGUCACAGUAAAAAACUCAGCAGCUCCCGUUUUUAAAAACAUUGGCUCUGAUGAGACUGUCCAAGGGCAAGGAAGUCGGAGGCUGAUCAGCUUCUCCCUCUCAGAUUUCCAGGCCAUGGGGUUGAAGAAAGGGAUGUUUUUCAACCCGGACCCUUAUCUGAAGAUCUCCAUCCAGCCUGGGAAGCACAGCAUCUUCCCUGCCCUCCCGCACCACGGGCAGGAGAGGAGGUCCAAGAUCGUAGGCAACACUGUGAACCCCGUCUGGCAGGCUGAGCAAUUCAGUUUUGUGUCUUUGCCCACGGACGUGCUGGAAAUUGAGGUGAAGGACAAGUUCGCUAAGAGCCGUCCCAUCAUCAAACGCUUCUUGGGGAAGCUGUCGAUGCCCGUUCAGAGACUUCUGGAGAGACACGCCAUAGGGGAUAGGGUGGUCAGCUACACACUUGGCCGCAGGCUUCCAACAGAUCAUGUGAGUGGACAACUGCAAUUCCGAUUUGAGAUCACUUCCUCCAUCCACCCAGAUGACGAGGAGAUGUCCCUGAGCACCGAGCCUGAGUCAGCAGAAGUUCAGGACAGCCCCAUGAACAACCUGAUGGAGAGCAGCGGUGGGGAGCCUGUGCACGACGCCCAGGAGCCCUCAGAGAGCUCCAAGCCAGAGCAGCCAAGUGAGGGCAGCGCCCUGGACAGUCCGCGGGCCCUGAGCCUGGAGCUGGCCGUUGAGGAAGAAGCAGGCGCCACCGCGGCAGGAGACGAUGGCCCAGGCUCUAUGAGACCUGAAGGGGCUGCAGAGCUCCUGGCCCUGGCGCAAGAGGACGCCCAGCCUGCCCCGAGUGCAGAAGAGCUGGCGGAGAGACUGGACCUGGGUGAGGAGACUCCGUGCACGCUGUUGGAAGGCGGUGAGGUCCCGGCCUGCCUGGAGGAGUCCCUGGAGGAGGAGGCAGGCACAGAGAACGGGGCUGCAGGGGAGAGGGAGGAGAAGGGUCCCGGGGAGGAAGAGGAGGAGGAAGGUGAAGUACCCACCCUGGAGCAGGGAGAGGCCAGGCUGCAGCUGCGGCCCUCGGUGAAGAGAAAAAGCAGGCCAUGCUCCUUGCCUGUGUCCGAGCUGGAGACGGUGAUCGCGUCCGCCUGCGGGGACCCCGAGACCCCACGGACACACUACAUCCGCAUCCACACCCUGCUGCAUAGCAUGCCCUCGGCCCAGGGCGGCAGCGCGGAGGAUGAGGACGGCGUGGAGGAGGAGGCCACCCUCAAGGACUCCUCGGAGAAGGAUGGGCUCAGCGAGGUGGACACGGUGGCUGCUGACCCGCCUGCCCUGGCACAGGACGGGCCUGAGUCCGAGGGGGCGACUCCAGGCUCGGCGCCCCUGGGCCACUCCCCCGGCUUGGCCAAUGGCGCCGUCCUGGACGGCGACACGCACCCCAGCACCGGGAGUGAGAGCGACUCCAGCCCCCGGCAGGGCGGGGACCACAGCUGCGAGGGCUGUGACGCGUCGUGCUGUAGCCCCUCCUGCUACAGCUCCUCGUGCUACAGCACGUCCUGCUACAGCUCCUCCUGCUACAGCGCCUCCUGCUACAGCCCCUCCUGCUACAACGGCAACAGGUUCGCCAGCCACACGCGCUUCUCCUCGGUGGACAGCGCCAAGAUCUCCGAGAGCACCGUGUUCUCCUCGCAAGAGGACGAGGAGGAGGAGAACAGCGCGUUCGAGUCGGUGCCGGACUCGGUGCAGAGCCCCGAGCUGGACGCCGAGUCCACGAACGGUGCUGGGCCGUGGCACGACGAGUUGACCGUGCCCGGAGGGAACGUGGCGAGAACCGCCGAAGGUCUGGAGUCCCCGGUGGCAGGGCCAAGCAGCAGGAGAGAAGGUGAAUGUCCUAUACUCCAUAAUUCCCAGCCAGUAAGCCAGCUUCCUUCCUUGAGGCCCGAACAUCAUCACUACCCAACAAUCGAUGAGCCUCUUCCACCAAACUGGGAAGCUCGAAUUGACAGCCACGGGAGGGUCUUUUAUGUGGACCAUGUGAACCGCACGACCACCUGGCAGCGGCCGACAGCAGCAGCCACGCCGGACGGGAUGCGGAGAUCCGGGUCCAUCCAGCAGAUGGAGCAACUCAACAGGCGGUAUCAAAAUAUUCAGCGAACCAUUGCAACAGAGAGGCCUGAAGAUGAUUCUGGCAGCCAGAGCUGUGAGCAAGUUCCAGCGGGAGGAGGCGGAGGUGCAGGGAGUGACUCGGAGGCUGAAUCUUCCCAGUCCACCUUAGAUCUGAGGAGAGAAGGGUCGCUUUCUCCAGUGAACUCGCAAAAAAUCACCUUGCUGCUACAGUCCCCAGCAGUCAAGUUCAUCACCAACCCUGAGUUCUUCACUGUGCUGCAUGCCAACUAUAGUGCCUACCGAGUCUUCACUAGUAGCACCUGCUUAAAGCACAUGAUUCUGAAAGUCCGACGGGAUGCUCGCAAUUUCGAACGCUACCAGCACAAUCGGGACUUGGUGAAUUUCAUCAACAUGUUUGCAGACACUCGGCUGGAGCUGCCCCGGGGCUGGGAGAUCAAAACAGACCAGCAGGGAAAGUCUUUUUUCGUGGACCACAACAGUCGAGCUACCACUUUCAUUGACCCCCGGAUCCCUCUUCAGAACGGUCGUCUUCCCAAUCAUCUGACUCAUCGACAGCACCUCCAGAGGCUCCGAAGUUACAGUGCCGGAGAGGCUUCAGAAGUCUCUAGAAACAGAGGAGCCUCUUUGCUGGCCAGGCCAGGACACAGCCUAGUAGCCGCUAUUCGAAGCCAGCAUCAACAUGAGGCACUGCCACUGGCAUAUAAUGACAAGAUUGUGGCAUUUCUCCGCCAGCCAAACAUUUUUGAAAUGCUGCAAGAACGUCAGCCCAGCUUGGCAAGGAACCAUGCACUCAGGGAGAAAAUCCAUUACAUUCGGACCGAGGGUAAUCACGGGCUUGAAAAGUUGUCCUGUGAUGCAGACCUCGUCAUUUUGCUGAGUCUCUUUGAAGAAGAGAUCAUGUCCUACGUCCCCCUGCAGUCUGCCUUCCACCCUGGGUAUAGCUUCUCUCCCCGCUGUUCACCCUGUUCCUCACCUCAGAACUCCCCAGGUUUACAGAGAGCCAGUGCAAGAGCCCCUUCACCUUACAGGAGAGACUUUGAGGCCAAGCUCCGCAAUUUCUACCGAAAACUGGAAGCCAAAGGAUUUGGUCAGGGUCCAGGGAAAAUUAAGCUCAUUAUUCGUCGAGACCACUUGCUGGAAGGAACCUUCAAUCAGGUGAUGGCCUAUUCCCGGAAAGAACUCCAGCGAAACAAGCUCUAUGUUACCUUUGUCGGCGAGGAAGGCCUGGACUACAGUGGUCCUUCUCGAGAGUUCUUCUUCCUUUUGUCUCAGGAGCUCUUCAACCCUUACUACGGACUCUUUGAGUACUCUGCAAAUGAUACGUACACGGUGCAGAUCAGCCCCAUGUCUGCGUUUGUAGAAAACCAUCUUGAAUGGUUCAGGUUCAGCGGUCGCAUCUUAGGCCUGGCUCUGAUCCAUCAGUACCUUCUCGAUGCUUUCUUCACGAGGCCCUUCUAUAAGGCGCUCCUGAGGCUGCCCUGCGAUUUGAGCGACCUGGAGUAUCUGGACGAGGAGUUCCACCAGAGCUUGCAGUGGAUGAAGGACAACAACAUCACAGAUAUCCUAGACCUCACUUUCACCGUUAAUGAAGAGGUUUUUGGACAGGUAACAGAAAGGGAGUUGAAAUCUGGGGGAGCCAACACCCAGGUGACAGAGAAGAACAAGAAGGAGUACAUCGAGAGGAUGGUGAAGUGGCGGGUGGAGCGCGGCGUGGUGCAGCAGACGGAGGCACUGGUGCGGGGCUUCUACGAGGUUGUAGACUCAAGGCUCGUCUCCGUGUUCGAUGCCAGGGAGCUGGAGCUGGUGAUAGCUGGUACUGCAGAGAUCGACCUGAACGACUGGCGGAACAACACCGAGUACCGGGGAGGUUAUCAUGAUGGGCAUCUUGUGAUCCGCUGGUUCUGGGCUGCAGUGGAGCGCUUCAACAAUGAGCAGAGACUGAGGCUACUUCAGUUUGUCACAGGAACAUCAAGUGUGCCCUAUGAAGGCUUCGCAGCCCUACGAGGGAGCAACGGGCUUCGGCGUUUCUGCAUAGAGAAAUGGGGGAAAAUCACAUCUCUCCCAAGGGCACACACAUGCUUCAACCGGUUGGAUCUUCCACCAUACCCCUCGUACUCUAUGUUGUAUGAAAAGCUGUUGACAGCAGUAGAAGAAACCAGCACCUUUGGACUUGAGUGAGGAAAUGGAACCUCGUCUGACAUCUUCCUGUCCAGCGACAUCACCCUUUCUGGGACGACCCUCCUUCCCCUUUCCCUCAAUCAAUCUCCAUUGAUUUUGGUAUUUCAUUAUUUUUAUUUUCAAACCAAAUCAGGAUUGACUAAAGCUGUGCAUGAAGAACUGCCUUCUUCUAAGAUCUAAUCUUCAGGCUUAUCUCCUCUGUUUUCAGUGAACUGCUAGCCUGUAUGCAAUAUUAAAAAAAGAAAAAGCAACUGUCUCAAGGUCUGUGUAUAUCUCCACAUACCUCCAUUACUAACAAUGAAAUAUGAAUGCAAGUUAUGCUACACUUGACCAAAUGGUAAUAAAUGUUUACUUCCAUUUUUAUCAUGUCAGGAAAAAUUUGAGCAUUAAGCAUUCCAAGCUUUGAUAUGCCCAUGUCUUCUGACCAGAGCCUCCAUUUUUUUAAAAUCAUUUUUCACAACCAAAUCCAGUUCUAGCAACUGAUCAACUCUUUGUUUUUCUCCCACUCUAUUUCUUGUAUGCAUACCAUCCACCCAAAGGACAGCAGUGGCAAAACUGAAAUUUUUAUCCAUUCAAUUCAUGAUUCCUAAGUGACAUCAUCAGUCCCAUCGGCUGGAACUAGCCUAGACAUACGGUGCAAAUAUGACACUUCCAACCAUUAACAAUGGCAAGAGAAACAUGUGCUGAUGCAACGCAGUGCAUCCCAGUGGUUGUGGGGAUUCAGAGAAGUCUAGGAGAGAAAGCAUCCCCAAUGAAUGUUCACCACAUAAGAAGCACCAACUUGUGCACAUGUCUAAGAAGAAAGUCUUUUUGAUUGAUGUAACAUGAAGGACGAGGCUCCACCCCCCACUACGUUGUAUAAAACAUGGUUAAGCAAAUGGGAGAAAGGGAAGAAGGACAUGUUAUAUUGGUUUGAAUACCUGAAUUCUGUGCUGUUCUGUUUAGCGUCGCAAAGGAAAAAAAAAGUAUAUUCUCGUGACUUUUGUUACAGUCAGGUAUUGCUUGCUUGUCAGACGAUUUUUUUUUUAACUUUGAUAUUUUUUCAUGUUUUUUUUUCCUUAAUCAUGGUGUUCAAGUUUCUUCACAUCUGACUAUCUACAGGGACCACGUUAAAUGAGAAGCUGCAGAGAGUGAUGGUGCUCAUUAGGGGUCAAGGGCAAUAUAGAACUUCUUCUUCACCCAUAGCAAUCUUCCUGGGUCAGAAACAUAACAUGCGAAAGGCACAUUGGUUUGUGUCAAAAUAAAUAUCCAAUUUCUUUUAAUAUUCAGUAAAAAAAUAUCUCAGAAAACUUAGUAUUUCUAGAAAAACAGUUGCAGGCUCCAAAGACAGCCUAACCUCCCAAUAACAUUUGAAAUAAACCCAACUGUACUGGUCAUUUACUAUUUUUCUAACCUUGUUAACCAUAUUGUCUGAAAUAUGUCCUAAUGAAAGUGUUUUCCUUCACUGGGAAAAGAACAGCUUAAGAGACUCGAUGAUUUAAAUGUCACAUUGUUGUUUUCAAUAUAUUAAAAUAAGGGGCAAUGGGAGACAUGUAAGACAAAGUUCUUUUCAGCUAGAGCCAUGUCCAGUGGCUUACUCUUCCGUUUAUGUCUGGGUGAUACGUGAUUUAUGGUCCCUGCACUCUAAAAUAAAACUUUCCUUUUUUUUU